CACACACAUCCGUGCCCCAGCCUCCUUCUAUAGGCCUUGAAAACAUCAGGGAGGAAGAGCAGGAUGAUGGCGGAGGAUGGAAGAGAAGAGUCGGUGGCCACUGAUGACGACUCAGACCUCACAGCUGCAGACGGCAGCAACAGCCUAAACAACACGAUGGUGGAAGAAGGCUCCACUCUCCUGCGCAGAAUGGAGAUCUGCGUCGCUGAGGCUGAGAAAAGGAGCGGCAAGAACACGGUGAACAUGCAGGAGACGUUCACCGUGUACCUCAUCGAAACACGGCCAAUGGAUGCAGUCGCAGACGGUCGUAACCCAGCCCCCGACUCUCUGUGGAGGAGAUACAGUGAAUUUGAACUCCUGAGGAACUACCUGUUGGUUACCUAUCCAUACAUCGUGGUCCCGCCGCUGCCUGAGAAGAGGGCAGAGUUUGUGUGGCACAAGCUGUCGGCAGACAACAUGGACCCAGACUUCGUGGAGCGCCGCCGGGUCGGGCUGGAGAACUUUCUGCUUCGUGUGGCAUCACAUCCGGUCCUCUCCAACGACAAGAUCCUCCACCACUUUCUCACUGAGGAACACGGCUGGAAGGAAGUGGUGUAUGAGACAGGAUUUCAGGCAAAGGCGGAUUCCAGGCUGAGAGCUCUCAGUGCCACCUUCAGGGUGAGAAAUCCAGAUAAACGCUUCAUGGAGAUGAAACACUACAGCGAUGAGCUGCAGUCUCACACAUCUCAGCUGCUCCGAGCACGAGCAAGGGUUGCAGAUCGUCUCUACGGUGUUUACAAGGUCCACGGGAACUACGGAAGAGUCUUCAGCGAGUGGAGCGCCAUAGAGAGAGAGAUGGGAGACGGGCUGCAAAGUGCCGGUCAUCAUAUGGAUGCAUAUGCUGCCUCAAUAGAUGAUAUCUUAGAAGAAGAGGAACAUUAUGCAGACCAACUGAAAGAGUAUCUCUUCUAUGCUGAAGCUCUGAGGGCAGUGUGCAGGAAACAUGAGCUGACCCAGUUUGAGCUUGAGAUGGCCUCCCAGGACCUCAUCUCCAAGAAGCAGCAGCAUGACGAGCUGGCUACGGGGAUUGUGCGGACGUUCUCCUUCAAAGGCAUGACCAACAAGCUUUUUGGCCAAGAGGCGCCUGAGCAGAGGGAGGCCAGACUGAAGCUGCUGGAGGAGCUGAUAGCGGAGGGUGAAGAGGCCGUCAAGGAGAAAACGCUCGAGUGCGAAGAGCAUGUUGAGAGGGCGUGGGUGGACAUGCAACGCUUCAAGGAGCAGAAAGACAAAGAUCUGCGAGAAGCGCUCAUCAACUACGCCGUCAUGCAGAUCAGCAUGUGUAAAAAGGGAAUACAGAUGUGGGGCAAUGCCAAAGACUGUUUCCUGAAGAUGUAAAGGUGAAGCCAUAUUAAAAGGAUAUCCACCCUCAGUGGUGGAUGCUGGGAAAUGA